AUGGUAUAUGCCAUCCUGGUGAGCCACCCUCCACAGUCCAACGACCACCUGACCCCCACUCCGGUCUCCUACACCGCGGGCUUCUACCGCAUCCCGGUGGUGGGUCUGACCACACGCAUGUCCAUCUACUCCGACAAGAGCAUCCACCUGUCGUUCCUGCGCACUGUGCCGCCGUACUCGCACCAGGCGCACGUGUGGUUCGACCUGAUGCGCGAGUUCAACUGGAACCACAUCAUCCUGAUCGUGAGCGACGACCACGAGGGCCGCGCCGCGCAGAAGAGGCUGGAGACGCUGCUGGAGGAGCGCGAGACCAAGAAUAAAAAAAGGAACUAUGAAAACCCCGACCAACUGUCCUUUGACAACAAGCGAGGACCCAAGGCAGAGAAAGUCCUCCAGUUCAGCCAGGAGACCAACUUAACGGCCCUGCUACUGGAGGCCAAAGAGCUGGAGGCCCGGGUCAUCAUCUUGUCGGCCAGCGAGGAGGACGCCGCUGCCGUUUACAAAGCCGCGCGCUUCCUCAACAUGACGGGCUCCGGAUACGUGUGGCUGGUGGGAGAACGCGAGAUGUCGGGAAAAGCCCUGAGCGAAGCCCCAGACGGUCUGAUCGGUCUGCAGCUGAUCAACGGGAAGAACGAGUCUGCCCACAUAAACGACGCGGUGGCCGUGGUGGCUCAGUCCAUCCAGGAGCUGUUCGAGAAGGAAAACAUCACGGAGCCUCCGCGGGGAUGUGUGGGGAACACCAACAUCUGGAAGACCGGGCCACUCUUCAAAAGAGUGUUGAUGUCGUCCAAAUACCCCGAGGGCCUGACGGGGAGAGUGGAGUUCAACGACGACGGAGACAGGAAGUACGCGCACUACAGCAUCCUGAACUACCAGAAGAGCCGGCUCAUCCAAGUGGGGAUCUACAACGGCACUCAGGUGGUGAUGAAUAACCAGAGGAAGAUCAUCUGGCCUGGAGGAGAGACGGAGAAACCACAGGGCUUCCAGAUGUCCACACGACUCAAGAUAGUGACCAUUCACCAGGAGCCGUUCGUGUACGUAAAGCCCACGCAGCUGGACGGCACGUGUGGAGAGGAGAUGACCCCGAACGGAGUCCUCAUCAAAAAGGUCAUCUGCACCGGGCCCAACGAGACCAUCCCCGGUAACCGCUCCAGCCGGCAGAACGAAAGGCGUCCCACGGUCCCUCAGUGCUGUUACGGCUUCUGCGUGGACCUGCUCAUCAAACUGGCCAUGACCAUGAACUUCACCUACGAGGUUCACCUGGUCGCUGACGGCAAGUUUGGAACCCAGGAGAGGGUGAACAACAGCAACAAGAAGGAGUGGAACGGGAUGAUGGGGGAGCUGCUGGGGGGCCUGGCCGACAUGAUCGUGGCUCCACUCACCAUCAACAACGAGCGCGCCCAGUACAUAGAGUUCUCCAAACCCUUCAAAUACCAGGGCCUGACCAUCCUGGUGAAAAAGGAGAUCCCUCGCUCCACGCUGGACUCGUUCAUGCAGCCGUUCCAGAGCACGCUGUGGUUGCUGGUGGGGUUGUCGGUGCACGUGGUUGCGGUGAUGCUUUACCUACUUGACCGCUUCAGCCCGUUCGGACGAUUUAAAGUGAACAGCGAAGAAGAGGAGGAGGACGCACUCACGCUGUCGUCGGCCAUGUGGUUCUCAUGGGGAGUGCUGUUGAAUUCUGGGAUUGGAGAAGGUGCUCCGAGGAGUUUCUCCGCCAGGAUCUUGGGAAUGGUUUGGGCCGGUUUCGCUAUGAUCAUUGUGGCCUCGUACACUGCUAACCUGGCUGCCUUCCUGGUGCUGGACCGACCUGAGGAGCGCAUCACCGGCAUCAAUGAUCCCAGGCUGAGAAAUCCGUCAGACAAGUUUAUCUACGCCACAGUGAAGCAGAGCUCUGUGGACAUAUACUUCCGGCGGCAGGUGGAGCUGAGCACCAUGUACCGACACAUGGAGAAGCACAACUAUGAGAGCGCAGCGGAGGCCAUCCAGGCCGUGCGAGACAACAAGCUGCAUGCCUUCAUCUGGGACUCUGCGGUGCUGGAGUUUGAAGCCUCGCAGAAGUGCGACCUGGUGACCACGGGAGAGCUGUUUUUCCGUUCGGGCUUUGGCAUAGGCAUGCGCAAGGACAGCCCCUGGAAACAGAAUGUGUCCCUGGCUAUUCUCAGUUCUCAUGAGAAUGGCUUCAUGGAGGACCUAGAUAAAACCUGGGUGAGAUACCAGGAGUGUGACUCGAGGAGCAAUGCCCCGGCCACACUCACCUUUGAGAACAUGGCAGGUGUUUUCAUGCUGGUCGCCGGUGGCAUUGCGGCAGGGAUCUUCCUCAUCUUUAUCGAAAUCGCCUAUAAAAGACAUAAAGACGCUCGCAGGAAGCAGAUGCAGCUCGCCUUUGCGGCCGUCAACGUCUGGAGGAAGAACCUGCAGCAAUUCCCGCCUACUGACAUCACGGGCCAACUCAACCUUUCGGACCCGUCUGUCAGCACCGUGGUCUGA